GGUUCCAAAUGUUAAUAACAAAUGUAAUAUUCAACUAGCCUGAUUGCUUCAGCAGACGGAUGUGGUUACACUGAUGUGAUAACUUCCUGAAAGAAUAUGCAGCGGAUCAGAAAACAUCUGCAGUCACAGCAUCCAUCUGUCACAAACAGACAGCUGCAGAGAGAGAGAGAGAGAGAGCGAGAGAGAGAGAGAGAGAGGGGAUGACAGGCUGGCCUCUAUAGGUGGUAUACUGUUCUGCCAGUGUAUCUAAACCAACAGGUACUGAAGCAAUGAACUGAAAUCCUUUAUUGUCCUUGGAGCGGAAGAUUUCCUCUGGUUUCAGCACGGAGGAACAAUGGCAACAGCGAUAGAGCUGCUGGAAACUUUGGAGGAUUUGGGAGAUCGAGAGCUAAAAAAUUUUAAGUGGUACCUGCAGCAGGCCGACUUCCUGAAGGACUUCCCGCCAAUCCCAAAGAGCCGACUGGAGAAAGCAGACAGACCGGACACCGUGGAUCUGAUGGUGCAGACCUACAGCCAUCAGUGUGUGGAGGUGGCCAAGAAGGUUUUAAAGAAGAUGAGGAGGAACGAUCUGGUGGAGAGUUUGUCAAACCCCAGCAGUCCAGGACCCGAAGUUACCGUUAUUACAGACGGGUCGGACAGGAGAGAGGAGGAGGAGAGAACAGGAGCUACAGAAGGAAAGGAGACAGAAGAGGAAGAUAAAAUACACAGUAAAGACGAGGGAGUCCAGAGCAGAGGCCAGCAAAUAUUCCAAGAUGCAACAGAAAACAUCCUAACUCCACUCAGUCAUUUGUCCACAGUUAUUAGAAACGGGUCGGACAGGAGAGAGGAGGAGGAGAGAACAGGAGCUACAGAAGGAAAGGAGACAGAAGAGGAAGAUAAAAUGCACAGUAAAGACGAGGGAGUCCAGAACAGAGGGCAGCAAAUAUCCCAGGAUGCAACAGGAAACAUCCCAACUCCACACAGUCAUUUGUCCGACUUCCUGAAGGACUUCCCGCCAAUCCCAAAGAGCCGACUGGAGAACGCCGACAGGCCGGACACCGUGGAUUUGAUGGUGCAGACCUACAACCAUCAGUAUGUGGAGGUGGACAAGAAGGUUUUAAAGAAGAUGAGGAGGAACGAUCUGGUGGAGAGUUUGUCAAACCCCAGCAGUCCAGGACCCGAAGGUACCGUUAUUACAGACGGGUCAGACAGUAGAGAGGAGGAGGAGAGAACAGGAGCUACAGAAGGAAAAGAGACAGAAGAGGAGGAUAAAAUACACAGCAAAGACGAGGGAGUCCAGAACAGAGGCCAGCAAAUAUCCCAGGAUGCAACAGGAAACGUCCCAACUCCACUCAGUCAUUUGCCCACAGUGGAAGUCGAGGAUGUUGGAGAGACUUCAGAGGACACAACAGCUUCAUCUGUACUUCUCUCUGACCUCCCAGCUGUCAGCAGGCUGACUGAAGAUGUAAUGGUGCCGGUCCUACAGCUUCCACAACCCAACACAUCAGACCCGCUCACAUUGCAGUCGGACCUCCAGAACAUGUUCAAGUGUGCACAGGGAGGGUGGAUAGAGAAGCAACACGAGGAGCUUUCACAUGAUAUGAACCCUGAGCUGUUCAUCACACACAUACACACCAAGCUCGAGAUGGCUUCAGGAACACAAAGAGAAACAGAAAGUCCAAUUAACCCCAGCGACAUCUUCAAACACGCUUCCACAAGAAGCACACAUAUAAGAACAGUUCUGACCAAUGGGAUUGCAGGAAUUGGCAAAUCAGUCCUCGUGCAGACGUUUUUGUUGGACUGGGCUGAAAAAAGAGCCAAUCAAGAUUUGCAUCUCGUAUUCCCCUUCUCUGUACGGCAGCUAAAUCUGUGGAGCAGACAAAGGUUUCGUUUGGCAGAGUUAAUUCACACAUGUAUCCCAGAAACCAACUUAAUUGAAGAGGAGACUCUUAAUGACAUCUUCACAACUUUACAGAACCCAAGAAACUCCAGCUUUGACCAAAGUAAAUUCAAACUUCUGUUCGUGUUUGACGGACUGGAUGAGAGCCACCUUCAACUAGACCUCGUAGGCGAAACAAAAAGCUUUCAUGAUGUGACAAAGUCAGCCUCAGUGGAUGUGCUAGUGACAAACCUCAUCAGAGGGAAACUGCUUCCCUCUGCUCGCCUCUGGAUAACCUCACGACCUGCAGCAGCCAAUCAGAUCCCUCCUGAGUGUGUUGACAUGGUGACAGAGGUCAGAGGGUUCACUGACCCACAGAAGGUGGAGUACUUCAGGAAGAGGUUCAGAGAUGAGGAGCAGGCCAGCAGAAUCAUCUCCCACAUCAAGACAUCACAAAGCAUCCACUUCAUGUGCCACAUCCCAGUCUUCUGCUGGAUCACUGCUACAGUUCUGGAGGAUGUGUUGAAGACCAGAGAGGGAGGACAGCUGCCCAAGACCCUGACUGAGAUGUACAUCCACUUCCUGGUGGUUCAGAUCAACAAGACUAAAUGGAAGUAUGGCCCAGAAAAGUGCAUUCAGUAUAUUCAGUCAUUGGCGAAACUAGCUUUUCACCAGCUAAUGAAGAGCAACACAGUCUUCGAUGAGGAAGACCUGAAACACAGCGGAAUCCAUAUCAGAGCAGCCUCAAAGUACUCAGAAGUAUUCACAAAGAUCUUCAAACCCCUGUGUAGCCAGAAAAUGGAAGACGACCAGAAGAUGAUGUUUUGCUUUACUCAAUUGAGCAUUCAGGAGUUUCUGGCUGCAUUUCAUGUGACCAUAUCGCACAUCGACUGCAACAGAAAUGUAAUGCAGACAUCACGGUUGACAGUCCAAAGUCUGCUGAUGUGUUUCAGCAAAACCUCCACAACAAAUGUCCACAAAAGUGCUGUGAACAAGGCCUUAAAGAGUCCAAAUGGACACCUGGACUUGUUCCUCCGCUUCCUCCUGGGUCUUUCACUGCAUACCAAUCAGACUCUCCUACAACUGACACAGGUGAGAAGGCACUCAAAGACCAACCAGAAAACAAUUGAGUACAUCAAGAAGAAGAUUAGGAAGAAUGCAUCUCCAGAGAGAAGCAUCAAUCUGUUACAUUGUCUGAAUGAACUGAAUUAUUAUUCUCCAGUGGAGGAGAUCCAACAGUACCUGACUUCAGGAAGUCUCUCCACAAAUAAACUGUCUCCUGCUCAGUGGUCAGCUCUGGUCUUCAUCAUACUGUCAUCAGAAAAAGAUCUGGACGUGUUUGACCUGAAGAAAUACUCUGGUUCAGAGGAGGCUCUUUUGAGGCUGCUGCCAGUGGUCAAAGCCUCCAAGAAAGCUCUGUUAAGCUGCUGUGACCUCUCAGAGAAAAGCUGUGAAGCUCUGUCCUCAGUUCUCAGCUCCCAGUCCUCUAGUCUGAGAGAGCUGGACCUGAGUGACAACGACCUGCAGGAUUUAGGAGUGAAGCUGCUGUCCGCUGGACUGGAGAGUCAACAUUGUACACUGGAAACUCUCAGGUUGUUGGGCUGUAUGGUCACAGAGGAAGGCUGUGCUUUUUUGGGUUCAGCUUUAAGUUCCAACCCCUCCCAUCUAAAAGAGCUGGACCUGAGCUACAAUCACCCAGGAGACCCAGGAGUGAAGCUGCUGUCUGCUCGACUGGAGGAUCCACACUGGAGACUGGACACGCUCAGGAUGGAACAUGGCGGAGAGCAGAGGCUGAAACCUGGUUUGAGGAAGUACGCCUGUGACUUGGAGCUGGACCCAAACACAGCAAACUCGUACCUCAAACUGUCUCACAACAACAGGAAGGCGACAUUGUCAGAGUGUCCAAGAUAUAUUAAUUGUGAGCUGCUGUGUAGAAAUGGUCUGACUGGUCGCUGUUACUGGGAGGUCAAGUGGAGCGGAGAAGUCGCUAUCGCAGUGACUUACAUAGAAACGAGAAGGAAAGAAAACAGCCCUCAGUUUGGACAGAAUGAUCAGUCCUGGAGUCUGAACUGCUUCAACAGAUACUAUGCCUACCACAACAACAAACUUCACUACUCCUCCUCCUCCUCUUCCUCCCCUUCCCCCUUUGUCUCUAACAGAGUAGCAGUGUAUGUGGACUGUCCUGCUGGCACUCUGUCUUUCUACAGAGUCUGCUCUGACACAUUGAUCCACCUCCACACCUUCAACACCACAUUCACUGAACCUCUUUAUCCUGGGUUUGGGUUGCACUGUGGGCUGGACAAUGAUAAGUCCUCAGUGUCUCUGUGUAAGCUGUAGCCUUUCCUAGCUUACUGAUGUGAGUAAAUUACUUGGAAAUGAACAAAUCAUAUCCUCUGUACGGAUACGUACAUCAGCCAUACAUGAGCAAUGACUUUACAAAUCUUAUUGUUCAUGCAGAGGGCAGUAUAUCAGAUUUUCUUGAAAUAACGGAAGGUGUCCCCCAGGGUUCUAUGAUGGGACCUAUUUUGUUUUCUAUUUUUAUAAAUGAUUUUGAUAAGGACAUGUAUUUUUAUGCUGAUCAUUUAUACACACGCUCCCUCAGUAGCACAGGCAGCGCAAGAGCUUCAGACUUCAUUCAGUCAUUACAAACAUCUCUGCUGAGUCUAAGAAGUCUCUCUUGUAAGCAAUGACUAAAUGUGAAUAAAUACAAUAAAUUAAAAAGAAAGUCCAUGUAAAGACACCAAUAAAGGGAAGAGAAGAAGUUGGAAAAUGUGUUAUAUAUAUUACUUGAUUCCAGCUAUCAGUUCUACUUUAUAAAAUUCCAAACUCCUUUCAGAAAGCAACAGUGUCUGAAAUGGGCCAGUAUUCACCAGUACUGAGCACUUACUUUUUAAUGCAGACAACAACUUCUGGGUGAGUCUAAGUAGCCUACGGACCCCUAAAUAUCAGGGCAAUUCUGCAAAGAUCCGCCCUCUGCUUCUAAAUGGCUAAUGUUCUUUGUUGCUUUGUUUGGUUCGGUAAUGUUGGUAAUUUCCCAGUCAGAGCCAGUCAGAUGCAGAGUAGGGGCAGAAUACAGAUGACAAUAACGCCUGCAUCUCUAGCUAUCCUAACUCUAAGAAAAUGGCACUAAAAAUGUUCUCGUUAAAAAUAGAUAAUGAUGUAGUUAUUUUGGCAUCCUUUUAUUCCGCUUAUUGCAAUUACCUUAGAAUGAACUGUUUGCAUCUACAGGGGGAGCCAGUCUUUUUUUGCGGCCACCGUAGUUUCUCCUACAAGCUGCACUGCCAUGCCACACACUUCUCAUGCCCAGCUCGUCAAAUACAGACGAGAGCGGUGAUGAGUUAGUUGCAAUCGGUUGGCCUUUUCAAAUUUCUUUCCAUUUUUUGAGUUAAAUUAACUUAUCUGCUUUUACAGUGUGAUCUAAACUUUAAAAUUGACAGUUUCAUUUUGUUUUCUUCACAAAAAUAAAAUUCUGAGAUAUAGACCGACUGUAUAUUUUUUAAGUUUUCCUUCACCCCAUGAAAUCAAGAAGGCCUCAGGACCUCUUGUGAAGCUUUGGUGACCCCUAAUAGUGGUCCCAACCCUUAGGUUGGGAAACACAGCCAUAACUCACCCCUCCACCGAUGGCAGGAUCUCAGAUGUCAGCUUGGACAAUUCAGGGAGUUGACAAGGUCUCGAAUUGCAUCUGCAGGACAGCUGAGAAUGCUCAAACGUACAGUACCAGUGUUUGAUUGCCUCUUGUUUAUUCUGUUUUUACAUUUUUAUUUGACUGCUGUAAUGUUUGGCUCUUUGUGGUGUACAAAUAAAAUAAACUUGAUGACAGUA